AUGUUGGCGGUUCGAAUUUUGUUGUUCUUGAUGAUUUGGAGUGCUUUUGCCCAACAAGAACGUAGGUUUUGGGAAGCCCACAUUCGCAAAAAGCCGGCUACUGGAAGAUUUGAACCGGUAGAAAAUCAUCCAAAUGGCCAGUCGAGGAGCUGGAAAUAGCUUUGGCUGUUUAUGAGUUAAAACCUCAUAAACGGCCAAAGCCAUUUGGAUGAUUUUGCUACAAGUUCAAAUCCCAAAGUAGACAACUUUUUGCCACCAUGUGUCUUACGCAAGGCUUAAAAUUUUCAGGGUGGUUCAGUCGGAGCUGCCAAACUUAUUCCAAGUAUUUCUCCGCCAAUAAUGCACGAAUUUCUAACAGGGUCCCUCACAUUUGGUGGACCAAAAAUGGGGCACUUCAGCUUCAAUUUGCUAUAAGUUUUAUAGAAAUUGGUGCAUUAUUGGCGGAGAAAUACUUGAAACAAGUUUGGAAGCUCCGGCCCUGUAAAGAAGUUUAAAUAUUUCGUUUUUUUUCAAGCGGGGACCUGCGAUAAGAUCUCAUGCCACACUCAAUGCAACCAAUGCAAACAAUAUACGAGGAAGGGACUUUCAUUUGGCUACUGUGACAUGGACACCUGUUACUGUACCAACAUUGACUUUUAUGCCUAUAAUGCCUCGGCCGAAACUUCGUAA